UUUGGACAUGUGACCUGACACACUAUGUCAUAAAAGCUUGUGUCUGGGCCCUGACCGGUUCACACUGUUGGUCACGAUGAGAGGCCUGCUCGCAUUCGCCGUGCUGCUUGUGGCUGUUAUUGCAAAGGAGUCGUUCGAAGGACAUCAGGUUCUUCGAAUCAUUCCAAAGGAUGAUGUCCAGCUGUCUCUUAUCAAGGAGAUGGAGGACAUGAUCCACUUUGAGCUGGACUUCUGGAGAGACGUGACUGGUGUGGCCACUCCUGUGGACGUCAGAGUUCCCUUCCACAGCUUGCAGUCUGUCAAGAUUUACCUGGAGACACAGGACAUUGAGUACUCCAUCAUGAUUGAAGACCUGCAGGUGAUGCUGGAUGAGGAGCAGGAGCAGAUGGUGUCUGUUGCUCGUGCUCCUGAGCCCAGAAACACUGACAGCUUUGACUACACCAAUUACCACACCAUCAGUGAGAUCUACAGUUUCCAGGACAUGCUGGUGGCUGAGAAUCCUAACUUGGUCAGCAAGAUCGUGAUCGGCCAGAGCUACGAGGGCCGUCCCCUGAAUGUGCUCAAGUUCAGCACUGGUGGAACCAACCGUCCUGCCAUCUGGAUCGACACUGGAAUCCACUCCAGAGAGUGGGUCACUCAGGCCAGCGGCACCUGGUUCGCAAAGAAGAUUGUGACUGAUUAUGGAACCGACCCUGCUCUCACCGCCAUCCUCAACAAUAUGGACAUCUUCCUGGAGAUUGUGACCAACCCUGAUGGAUUCUACUACACCCACAACAAUAACCGUAUGUGGCGCAAGACCAGGAAGCCCAACUCUGGAUCUAGCUGUGUCGGAGUCGACCCCAACAGGAACUGGAACACUGGUUUUGGACUGCCUGGUGCCAGCAGCAACCCCUGCUCAGAGACCUACCAUGGACCCAAAGCUGAGUCUGAAUCUGAGAUCAAGUCCAUUGUGGACUUUGUGAAGUCUCAUGGCAACAUGAAGGCCUUCAUCUCCAUCCAUUCCUACUCCCAGAUGCUCAUGUACCCCUAUGGCUACACCAGAACUCCUGCCAAGGACCAGGCUGAGCUGCACAGUCUGGCUAAAAAGGCCAUCACUGACCUGGCCUCCCUGUACGGUACUCGCUACACAUAUGGCAGCCUCAUUGACACCAUCUAUCAAGCCAGCGGUAUCACCAUUGACUGGACCUACAACCAGGGCAUCAAAUACUCCUACACCUUCGAGCUGAGGGACACUGGUCGUUAUGGCUUCAUCCUGCCUGCCAAUCAGAUCAUCCCCACCUCCCAGGAGACCUGGCUGGCUCUGAUGGCCAUCAUGGAUCACACCUACAAGAACCCAUACUAAUGUGUCUGUGAGUGUGUGUGAAAGUGGAAAUCCCUGUUGAGGCCCCACUGGUGACAAAUUUCAGUUUUGAAGUGUCAUCUUUAUCUCUCAAACCAUCUACACCAUCAGUGACUCUUUCAACAAUUGGAAACCACAAACAAAAAAAUAAAUAAGUGCGCUGAAAAGUUG